GGUCACGAGACCAUUGGUGGGCGGAGCCAGCGGCCGGGGAGGUUCUAGUUUGUUCUGCCUCGCGGCAGCCGCCCCCUUUUACACGGUCACGCCGAGUUAGCAACCUUAGCCGCGCUUGCUGCCUCCCGCUACUUUCCGGCCAUGGAUCCUCGCAAAGUGAGCGAGCUUCGGGCCUUCGUGAAAAUGUGUAGGCAGGAUCCGAGCAUUCUGCAUACCGAGGAAAUGCGCUUCCUGAGGGAGUGGGUGGAGAGCAUGGGAGGUAAAAUACCACCGGCUACUCAUAAAACCAAAUCAGAAGAAAAUAAGGAAGAAAAAACAGAUAGUAAGAAGGUGGAGGAAGACGUAAAGACAGACGAACCAUCAAGUGAGGAAAGUGAUCUAGAAAUUGACAAUGAGGGUGUGAUUGAAGCAGACACUGAUGCACCUCAGGAAAUGGGAGAUGAAAAUGUAGAGAUAACCGAGGAGAUGAUGGAUCAGGCCAAUGAUAAAAAAGUGGCUGCCAUUGAUGCCCUAAAUGAUGGUGAACUACAGAAAGCCAUUGAUUUGUUCACAGAUGCCAUCAAACUGAAUCCUCGCUUGGCCAUUCUGUAUGCCAAAAGAGCCAGUGUCUUCAUCAAAUUACAGAAGCCAAAUGCUGCCAUCCGAGAUUGUGAUAGAGCUAUUGAAAUAAACCCUGAUUCAGCUCAGCCUUAUAAAUGGCGAGGGAAAGCACACAGACUUCUGGGCCAUUGGGAAGAAGCAGCCCAUGAUCUUGCCCUUGCAUGUAAAUUGGAUUAUGACGAAGAUGCUAGUGCAAUGCUGAAAGAAGUUCAACCAAGGGCCCAGAAAAUUGCAGAACAUCGGAGAAAGUAUGAGCGGAAACGUGAAGAGCGAGAGAUCAAAGAAAGAAUGGAAAGGGUUAAGAAGGCUCGGGAAGAACAUGAGAGAGCCCAGAGGGAGGAAGAAGCCAGACGACAAUCAGGAGCUCAAUAUGGCUCUUUUCCAGGUGGCUUUCCUGGGGGAAUGCCGGGUAAUUUUCCUGGAGGAAUGCCUGGAAUGGCGGGAAUGCCUGGGCUCAAUGAAAUUCUCAGUGAUCCGGAGGUUCUUGCAGCCAUGCAGGAUCCAGAAGUUAUGGUGGCCUUCCAGGAUGUGGCUCAGAACCCGGCAAAUAUGUCAAAAUAUCAGAGCAAUCCAAAGGUUAUGAAUCUAAUCAGUAAAUUGUCAGCCAAAUUUGGAGGUCAAGCGUAAUGCCCUUCUGAUAAAGCAAGCCCUUGCUGGAGGAAAAGCAACUUGGAUCACCCAAUGGAUGUCGCAAUAAUACAAACCAGUGUACCUCUGACAUUCUCAUGAAGAAAGCUGGGGUGCGUUGAAGAGAAUCCCUACCCUCUGCCCCAAAUGCAUCUGUAACAUUUGGCAGUGGUUUGCCAUUAUAGUAUUCUUUCAGAUAAUGUUUUCCUACUAGGAAUUACAAAGCUUAAACACUUUUAAAUCUAAAAAGUAUUUAAAAACACAUUAAAAGGGUGUGUUAAACCCUACAUUUUUCUUUACUAAUCAUUUUGGUCUCUUCCUUUGAAUUAAUUGGGCAAAAGAUACUUCAGUAUGGAAGAUUUAUUGCUCAGUUUGAGUGAAAUAAAGAUUUAUUAGUGGGAGACAAAUACAACAUUUAAGUAGUUUGAGUUGAAUAUAUGGUUGCUGAGGCAUUUUGAUUUCUCUUUUUAAAUGCAUUAUUUGUUAAAAAAAUGAUUUAUUUCAAUAAAACUACUGGGACCACCAGUAUUGCAGUAGGACCUGGGUAGGGACUGGAAGUACUUGGUAGGGCAGCAGCAAUCGUACUACAUUUUAAAUAACAUGUACUCUUGUGCAGAUGCAUUUAAAUCUUACACUGUGGUGAAAGGAUGAUUUUUAUAAUGCUGCAGUAGAGGUGGAUUACUGAUCUCUGUUGUCUGAUAUAUAAAAUAAAUAAUAAAUGUUUCGUGUUAUUUCCACAGAGGAGAAAUAAGGAAAUACUUUUCUUUUUAUACUUCUAUGUUUAAAAUUAUCUCUUCUGGUCAAAAAAUACCCAAUUCUUUGUAGCUUUGUACUUUCUUUUACAUUUCCCUCCUCCUUACUCUUUGUGCUAACAAUAGUCCUUUUUCACUGGCAUCAUCGCUGCUGUCAUUCACAGCAUAACUGUGCAAGCAUAUUUAAUGCUGGGUUUAAUUUAAUAUGUAAUGCAUAUAACUAUGUAGAGUAAUACCCAUAACAGCUGCAGUUUUCUACUUGGCUAAGAGAUUUCAUACUUAAAUACUAGAUUUCUACUUGAGGAAAUUUUACCAUAUCAAAAGAUGUUGAAAGGAGUGAUUUACUUUGGUGUUUGGUCUUCUACUUAGGAAAUACCAGUUGAGUUUGUAUUUGGAGAGAGUACAAGGUUCUAAUUAAUUGAGAUAUGUAGAGGGGAACCUAAGUUUUUGAUCGAGCAUGAAUUAUAAAAUUGAUGAGAUCCAUGGUGGUUCUUCACUGUAGUGUUGUUGGUAUUACGAAAGACUCAUUGUUUUCCUAUUCAGUUCUUAAAUACUGCAACCAUAUUUCCAUCCCUCCUUCCCUCUUCAGGAUGAAGAUGAUAAAUUUUCUGUUGUAUAUUUAAUUCCUAUAUUAAGUAAAUCUAAGUCCCUGUACUGUACCAGGAAUUCCUAGGUUUCUACCUAAAAGCAGUUUUAAGGGAUGAGGCCCCCUGUACUUGCUUAUUUGAAGAAUCAGUGCUAAGAGCAGUGAAGUAAAUUCCAUGGAAUACAUUUUUGAAAUAGCAUAUAUCUGAAGUCUUAAUUGAUUCAGAUUCUAACCCUUUGCUGUACACAAGCGGAUAGAAAUGCAUCUGUUAUAUAAGUAAGAAAAAGCUGUAUGCUAAUCAAGCAUGCUUUUUAAACCUUUAAAAAUACUCAGCAUAUAAACUAGCAUUUGAGCUUGCCAGUGUCUUUUUGUUAAUGUGUGUUCUCUUUUCUCAAAAUUUCUAAUACACGCUGUGAAUAACUCAAGACCAGUUGCUUUUGAAUUCCUUAUUUGAUUUGGUUUAUUUAACUAUACGUUACGUAAGUAUGUUUUAACAUUGGAAAUACUACCAUAAAUGGGUAGAAGUAAAACUGGUUUUCUGAAAAUGUGUUCUGUGCUUUUAGAUUUUUAAGUUCCACAAAUAAAGAAAUGCUUUCAUUUUCAUAGAAAAUAUCAUUUAUAAACAAAUGUUCUUGUGCUAAUAAUGCUGUAAGAAGGAAAAGUGAAGGAGUUUUUUCUGCUUAAAAAUAUAUAGUUACUGGAUAUUUCUAGCUACAUUAAAAAUAAACUAUGAUUUUAAACUGGA